AACCUCGCUGUUGUGUAAUUAUGGGCAUAAAAAUGCAGCAACGUUAGCUAUCGCUAACUGUUCGUUGCGUAUCGUCUGUGUUCUGAUUUUUAUUAUCUGUGAUCCGUAGUGUUGGGCGAUGAGUUUCAAAAGUUGAAUGUUUUUAAUUGCAGUCAUGAGUGAAGAAAAAGGGAAUCAAAUUCGUGUGUGGUGUGAUGGGUGGUAUGACAUUUUAUUUAAUAUUCGUCAAAAUUAUUAUUUUGUUGAGAGAAACGAUUCUUGCAUAUUUAAUAAGCAUAUCAGGUAGACUGAGCUACGAUAUGGUCCAUUUUGGACAUGCAAAUUCACUGCGGCAAGCCAAAGCCCUCGGAGAUUAUCUUAUUGUUGGAAUCCACAGUGAUUAUGAAAUAACUAAACAUAAGGGACCUCCAGUAUUCACAGAGGAAGAAAGAUACAAGAUGGUGCGUGGCAUAAAGUGGGUUGAUGAAGUUGUAGAGGGAGUUCCAUAUGUCACAACACUAGAAACACUGGAUAAAUAUCACUGUGACUUCUGUGUCCAUGGAGAUGAUAUUACAAUGACUGCUGAUGGUGUUGACACAUAUCAUUUAGUUAAAGCUGCGGGCAGAUACAGAGAAGUUCAGAGGACAGCAGGUGUGUCUACUACUGAUCUUGUGGGGCGCAUGUUGCUUAUGACACGGCAGCAUUUCCGUCAGGGACCGCUGGAAUAUGAUGUUGGCCAUGAAGGUUCAUCACAGUUGGGUCUGGACUCUGAUGCCAGAAGCCCAUACACAGGCUGUUCACAGUUCCUGCCCACAACACAGAAGAUCAUUCAAUUUAGUGAUGGAAAGCCACCCAAGGCUAAUGACAAGAUUGUGUAUGUGGCUGGAGCAUUUGAUCUAUUUCAUGUUGGACAUUUGGAUUUCCUUGAGAAAGCCAGAGCAGAGGGAGACUACUUGAUCGUUGGAUUACACACUGAUCCAAUAGUGAACAGAUACAAGGGUAGUAACUACCCCAUCAUGAAUCUUCAUGAGAGGGUGCUUAGUGUGUUGGCUUGUAAGUAUGUUUCUGAGGUGGUGAUAGGAGCUCCAUAUGCUGUGAGCAAGAACCUGAUGGAGCACUUUAAAGUGGACCUGGUAUGUCAUGGUCAGACACCCAUCCAGCCUGAUGCAGAUGGUUCUGACCCUUAUGCCAAGCCAAAGCAGCUGUGUAAGUUUAAAUUAUUGGACUCAGAGAACACUAUGACAACAGAGAAGAUUGUGGACCGAAUCAUUCGUCACAGGUUGGAGUUUGAGGAUCGGAACCGUAAGAAAGAAAAGAAGGAACUUCAGGCAUAUAAAGCGACCCACAACUUGACUAAUGAAACUCAUUAAAGCUGAGACUUUAGUAUUUCUUGAACAUACUGAAAUUGGAACAGAUAUCAUAUAUUUAUUAUGCAAGAUGAUGCCAGGAAGUGCUACAGUCUUGCCAUUCCAUGUGCAGUUUGACCAAAGAAUCAUCAGUUAGUUUGAUAAUGUUCAUGUUCUUAUUAACAUUGCUACAUCAAAAGUAGGAGUUGUACCAAAUGGUUAUUUUAUUAUAUAUAACCAGUAAAUUUAUAUUGUAAGUUACAGAAUAAAUGUGGUUCUUAAUUUGGAAUUGUGUUUUAAGAUGGGACUUUUAAAACCAUGAACAGUUCUGCAUUAAAGUAAGCUGGAUUGUUUGUACUGUUAAAAUGUAUUGCAGUCCCAUCUGAAAAUACAGGGUUGCCACUUAGUCAUAUCUAAGUUUUGAAUUUACUGCUUGAUUAUUUUUAACUUUAAUGCUAGAAAUAUAUUAACUAAUAUGGUGUUCUGUGGUGAGAGGAAAAAAAAUCACGUGGUUCAUAAAAUCAGCGUAUUUCCUCUUUGUCACCUCUUUGUGAAUGGCUUUCCUCUACAUCCUAUCUUAUAAUUUGGUAUCUGAGACUUUGUCCUUGCUAGUAAAACAGAGCAUGAAGUUGACAGCUUACCUUUGUCUAGUGCUGAAGUCAUGGAUGUGUACACCCACACUACCUAUAUUCAGCGCAGUGUCCAUGUUACCUUUGUGUCAUAAAUUAACAGAUAUUUGUUGAUGCUCAUAAGUAAUAUUAUCUUUUAUAUAAUGGUAAAUUGAAAUAUGUGAAGUAGUUUCUGUCACUUUUGUGUACCCUCAAGUAGUUGAAAUUAUUAGCAUGUAUGUGAUUGUCAUGUAGGAAUGUGAGUAAGAAUAAAUGAGGGCACACUCAGAUUUUAAAUUCUGUUGAUGUAGAAUCAUUAAAUCGUUUAGUUGGCAACCCUGAGAUAGAAUGAAUUGCAGCUUUGCAUAUGAAAUAAAUGUGAUACUGUUGCCUGUAGCUUUAGCUGUGAAUUUACAUCAUGCUCAAAUUAUGUUAUUAGAAUACUAGGCAUUUAAAUGCAAGCUGUCUUAAUAGUCUAUUGGUGCUUCAGUGAAGAUUGGAAAACUGACCUUUAUUCAAGAAAAUCUUUCAUAGUGUGUGAAGAAGUGUUUCUAAGUAGAUGAAGGGAACAGAGUGACAAAAUUGUUUCUCAAAAUUACUAUACUCUAGUCUUCUUGGUGUAGUACCAUGUCAAAAUAGUACAAGGAGCAGAAAAAGAUUUGCUUUGAAGAUAAAAGUAGUUCAGAUAACAAAACAUCAUUGGUUAGUCUUGAUCAUUAGCUGGAUGGAUGAUCAUUUCAGAUCACCACUUGCUAUUAUUAUGUGUACAAUACUUUUUAAUAUUACUGUUUGUAACUUAGCUUCAUUUGGGUUUAACAGUUCAUGACAGUCUGUUAUAUUCCUGUAUAUACACUCUUCAGAAUACUUUUCCACCACUGAUCAUAUAGAGAAAGGUAGGAAGUAGCUCCAAAAUAUUGAUUGCUUUUACCAGUAUGAGAUGUUGAAAUAACCAGAAAAUUCUGCAUUGAAAAAACACAAGUUUCAUGCUGUAAUAUUUUUUUAUUUUGUCACUAUUGUAAGCCCUAGAAAGUGGAUAACUCUCAUAGGAUUCCAUUGCAGAAAACCAAUUUACAUAACGUUACUUUACAAGAAAGUGUGUUGGAAACAUUUUAAAUUUUCCAGAAGUAGAAAGUACAAGAUAUUUAUCAUUAUAAUUAUAUGUUUCUUUUAUUGUUUUUAAUGUAUAGAUGCAUUUUUAUUAUAAAAUACAUUGUUUUAUGAUUUAGAUUAGCAUAUAAUAUUUUGUUAAAGUAAUUGUUUAUGUACAUAAUGUUGGGUGAGUUCAUAGGUUGGAUAUAAAUACAUGGAAUUAGAUUAUGUAAUGAAUUUUCAGAGAUAUUAAUAAUAUAUCACUAUGCCAUGUUUAAAAUGUAUGGUUAACUGUUAUUCGUGAGUUUAAAUAGCAGAGAUAUAAAUUUAUGCUUUAA